AUGGACGAAAAAUGCUUUCUUUUUUUAGUUUCUUUCAUCUUCAUCAUCAAAACCACAGCCAAUGCUAGUUCAUUUAGCGUGGGUGGUGGUGUCGGUGUUGGGGUGGGUAUAGGCGGCGGCGGUGGCGGUGGCGGAUGGGUGGGUGGUGGGGUGAAUUACCCAAAUCCGUCAGUUCGUCCAUCUUCAAAUCUCAAGAAUGCCUAUAUUGUCCUCCAAGCAUGGAAGACAGCAAUCAAGAGUGAUCCGAAAGGGUUAUUGAGAUCAUGGGUCGGGGCAAAUGUGUGUGCUUAUAAUGGAGUAUUUUGUGCAGAUCCGACUGAGGAAACGGGUGAUCCAUCUGGACCUGUAGUUGCAGGUAUAGAUCUCAACCAUGGCAACCUUGAGGGCAUUCUCGUAAAAGAACUCUCUCUCCUCACAGAUAUGUCUCUUCUUCACCUCAAUAGUAAUAGAUUCACAGGAACAAUCCCACAAAGCUUUAAAGACCUUUAUGCCCUUACCGAACUUGACCUAAGUAAUAACCAGUUCACCGGACCAUUUCCGGCGACAACACUCCAAAUCCCAAAUCUCCUCUACUUAGACCUCCGGUUCAAUUCGUUCUCCGGACCCAUUCCUCAAGAUCUCUUCAGCAGAAAUCUCGACGCAAUUUUCCUCAACAACAACCAAUUCGAAGGUGAAAUCCCACAAAAUUUAGGGAGUUCACCUGCUUCGGUGAUCAAUCUUGCUAACAACAAGCUUACCGGCGACAUCCCUGUAAAUUUUGGGUAUUCCAGUCCGAAAUUGAAGGAGAUCUUGUUCAUGAACAAUCGAUUAACUGGUUGUAUACCUCAAGGAAUCGGGAUGUGGUCAGAUAUGCAAGUAUUUGAUGCGAGUUUCAACUCAUUGAUGGGUCAUAUGCCUGAUACGAUAUCUUGUUUGGAAGAUAUUGAAGUUUUGAAUGUAGCACACAACAAAUUGUCAGAAUGUGAGAAAUUGUAUGGAAGGAAUGUUGGUUUUGAUAUUGCAUUGAAUUGUAUUCCGGGGUUGGAAAUGCAAAGACCUCAGCCAGAGUGUUCUAUUAUUCCGGGGGGUGGGUUGAGUUGCCUUAGAAUCCCUUCUCUUAGGCCUCUUGCUUGUGGUACAUUGCUUCAAUCUCUAAACUCAUCGGCUCCAUGA